UUCAAUGUAUGCAAAACAGGGUACAUAUAAAGGAAGGAUUCUCUCAUUUGGACAACAGCACAUAGACUGUGGCUUGAGUGAGUAAAGAUACCUUAAAAUGGUAAAGAUCAUCUUCUACGAGGACAAGAACUUUCAGGGUCGCUCCUAUGAGUGUAACUCUGAAUGCCCAGACUUGUCCUUAUACUUCAGACGCUGCAACUCCAUCCGUGUUGAAAGUGGAAACUGGAUCCUCUAUGAACAUGCCAACUACAGAGGACACCAGUAUUUCCUUCACAGGGGAGAAUAUCCUGACUUCCAGCAAUGGAUGGGCUACAAUGACUCCAUUAGAUCUUGUCGUCUAAGCCCCCAGCAUGAAGGUUCAUUCAGAAUCAGGAUCUAUGAGAAAGAAGACUUCAGGGGUCAGAUGAUGGAAUUCACUGAAGAUUGUUCUAAUGUCUAUGAGAGAUUCCGUUACCAGGAAAUCCAUUCUGCCCAUGUACAAGAUGGGUACUGGAUGUUCUAUGAGGAGCCCAACUACAGAGGACGUCAGUUUUACCUGAAACCUGGAGAGUAUAGAAGAUUUUCAGAAUGGGGUGCUACUCAGCCAAGAAUUGGCUCUUUCAGACGUGUUCAAAUUCUUCCAUUAAAAUAAAAUAGUUUCUAGUCUUUUGAUGAACCAAUAUACUAUAUUGUAUCAAAUAAAAUAAUUUAAAAUC